UCAAUUGAAGUUAUAGACACUAUUGAGAGACAAGAAUACUACAAUCAAACUCAAAAAAUGAAAUUCAGAUCUGAUUCUAUUAAUAAAAAGCUGAAUUUAGCUCAAAUAGUUGAUAAACAACUUAAAAAAUUAAAACAGUUAAUCAAUAAUACUA